AUGGCUGGCGACCCUUUGAAGCGUAAUCAGAACCUGUAUUGCGCAUACCAUCAGGAGCUAGGUCACACUACUGAUGAUUGCAGGAACCUGAAAAACUAUUUAGACCGGCUCGUCCGAGAAGGGAAGCUGAGACAUCUGCUGCAUCGCCCUGAAAGAUGGCAAGAACCAUCAAACAAUGAAACCAGACAAAGUACAUUGAGGCCACCCAUUGGCACAAUUAAUGUCAUUUUCGCCGCACCUAGAAGGACAGGCUCUGUCCCCUUCAGGGUAAUGUCAGUGAGCAGUUUCCUAACUAAGCCAGACGACAGGGAAUCCAAGAGAGCUAGAAUGAGCGCCACGCCAUUAAUCGGGUUCACGGAGGAAGACAAACAAGGAACUAUCCAACCCCACGAUGAUGCCUUAGUCGUUACGUUCAGAAUAGGAGGUUAUGACGUGAAAAGGGUGUUAGUUGAUCAAGGCAACGCAGUGGAGAUAAUGUACCCUGAUUUGUAUAAGGGACUGAACUUGAAGCAGGAAGACCUGUCGCCAUACGAUUCCCCCUUAGUUAGCUUUGAAGGAAAGGUCGUCAUCCCGAGAGGCAUGAUUAGGUUGCCUAUGCAAACAAACUCAGAUGUGGUAGAAGUGAGCUUCAUUGUCGUAGAUGCAUACUCCCCUUACACAGCUAUCGUGGCCGGCCAUGGCUUCAUGCACUAG